GUAACGGUCCGGGGGUUAAAAGCAUCGGACCGCUCUUAGGUUUUGGAGUUCCAAAAGCGCUGCUCAGUGAAGUUUUGAGACGGACGUGACCUGGAAAUAAAGAUGAUGGCAGUGAGACUUGCUCUCUGCGUCCACGUAGCGCGAGCGGCCACACGGACUUCCACGCGCGCUUUGGGACUCGGACACGCGCGCAGCUUCAGCAGUGACACAGAUUUCUUGGGCAUUAAAGAACGGACUUUGGUCGCUGUGAAGCCUGACGGCGUUCAGAGGCGUCUGAUUGGCGAUGUCAUUAAGCGAUUUGAGAAGAAAGGAUUCCGAUUGGUGGGUCUGAAGAUGCUGCAGGCUUCUGACAAGCUUUUAGCUCAGCAUUACAUCUCUCUGCAGAAGAAACCCUUCUACUCCAGCCUGCUUUACUACAUGACCUCUGGCCCCGUAGUCGCCAUGGUGUGGGAGGGGCAUAAUGUAGUGAAGUCAACCCGUAUGCUGGUGGGAGACACUGAUCCCGCUGAAGCCGCACCUGGAACUAUUAGAGGAGAUUUCAGCGUUCACAUCAGCAGAAAUGUGGUCCAUGCCUCUGAUUCAGUGGAAGGAGCGGAGCGGGAGAUCUCGCUGUGGUUUCAUCGCUCAGAGCUCAUCGACUGGGAGGGAUGCGAUCACAAAAACAUUUACCACAUUUAAGAGCGGCCGACGACGUGUUCAAUUAACUUGUCUGGGACGAUUUCAGGUCGAUUUCCUCAAUAGCACAUAAACGCUGAUUUUAUGCAGUUUUUGACUGUAAAUGCACAAAUGAUGUGUUAGCAUUUUAAAAUGGUUGAAUGUAAAUACAUUGAAAUGUUAUAUAUUAUAAAUAUUUUUGAAAUGGUUAUAAAACCUUUUGGAGAAAAUAUGUUUACAAAAGGUGGCCUUGAAUAUUUUAAAAUGGACUUAUUUUUGCUUUGACGCACAAGUACUAGUCAAAACAGACCAUUUUAAUAGUUCGUAAUUGUCUCUAAAAAGCUAUUUUUGUUACAUUUUUAAUUGCUGUGAUCACACACACACACACACACACACACACACACACACACACACACACAG